GUGCGGCGCGAGCUGUGGGGUAGUUCUCGAGGGCUCCGGUAACCUGACACCAGUACAGCCAGUUGCCAGACCCGCCCUCCUUUCUUGCCUUCAUACUGGUUGCUGUGUGGAGUCUGAGACCAUCGCAAUCCUGGACUGGACGCUGGGAGGACGACUUAGCCCAAGUCGGCGGGGCUGCUGUGUAGCUGCACGGUUGUUCUCGAACAGUGCAUCCGGGUGCUUUCAGUACUUGUGAGUUCAUGCUUCUGUGGGCCAUUUGAGUAGAUGCAUCUAUUUUUUACACAAGGCUCCUUUUAAAAUCAGGAAAGUCUCUAGCCAUGGCAGAUGAUGAUCUUAUUUUUAGCAUAGAAGGGGUGGAGAACAGCCGGUCAAAGCGGGGAGGCUCUGUUGAUGACAGUGACGAUGAGGAUGGCUUUUUCAUCUGCCCAAUCACCGAUGAUCCAGUGCACAAUAAGUCUUCUCCCGGUGAUAUAUGUAAUUACCUGAAGAACUUCAUCCAAAAUGAGAAGUACAGUAGCAGCUCUUCUCCCAGGCAGUCUUUCAGCUUUAAGGAAACCUGGAAACAUGCCAUUCAGAAAGCUAAGUCAAUGCCUGACCCUUGGGCAGAAUUUCAUCUGGAGGAAAUUGAAACUGAGGCCUGCAUACGUUACAGGUACAAUGCUGUCAAAGGAGAAUGGGUUGAAGAUGAGGUCUUCAUUAAGAUGGCAUCUCAGCCUUUUGGCCGUGGAGCUAUGAGGGAAUGCUACCGAACGAAAAAGCUCUCGAAUUUCUCGCAUAGCCACAAGUGGAAAUCUGCAUCCAAUUAUGUGGCCAAGAGAUAUUUGGAAACCGUAGACCGAGAGGUGUAUUUUGAAGAUGUCAGACUGCAAAUGGAAGCCAAGCUGUGGGGAGAAGAAUACAACCGACACAAGCCCCCCAAGCAGGUGGACAUUGUGCAAAUGUGUGUCUUGGAGAUGAAGAACAGGCCAGGCAAGCCGCUUUACCAUCUUGAACAUUACAUCGAAGGCAAAUACAUAAAAUACAACUCCAACUCUGGCUUUGUGCGGGAUGACAACAUCCGACUGACUCCCCAGGCCUUCAGUCAUUUUACAUUUGAGCGGUCUGGUCACCAGUUGAUUGUGGUUGACAUCCAGGGAGUGGGAGAUCUCUACACUGACCCCCAGAUCCACACAGCCAGUGGCACUGACUUUGGCGAUGGAAACUUGGGUGUGCGAGGAAUGGCACUCUUCUUUCACUCCCAUCUCUGCAACAAAAUCUGCAAAAGCAUGGGUCUCACGCCUUUCGAUUUGGCCUCCAAAGAAAAAGGAUCCCUAGACUGCACCAACAAGCUACUGCAAUCUGCACAGACAGUCCUACGUGGCAGUGAAGAGCACUGUGGCAGUCCUCGAGUUCGGACCAUCUCUUGGAACCGUCUGCCGCCGCUGCUUUCUCGCCUGUCAGAGACGUCUUCAGCUGAUGACAGCAUGAGCGACUGCACCUUUGAGUCUCCGCCAUGCUCUCCUGCGGCAUACCCUUCUGACUCUCUUGGGAAGUCCCCAUUGGGUUGGUUUAAUGAAAAUGAUGGACUUCAUGAAACUAAUAAUAAUAUGAAUGAUCACAGAGACUCCGAGAGUGGCGGAGACAGUGGCUAUCCCAGUGAGCGGCGUGGGGACCAUGAUGAUCUCGAUCACAGAGACAGGGCCAACUCCUUAUCCCACAGACGGAGCUGUGAGUCAGACGAGGACAGUAUCCGAAGGCUGACAGAUGAGAGAUUGAACUUCUAUCAUUCGUCCCGCUCACACAUGCAUCGGCCUUCUUGUGUCGCCGUUGAGGUGCAGAGGCUGAAUGAGCUGGAGCUUGAAAAAAAGAUUGGAAAAUCGAUCCUGGGCAAGGUUCAUCUUGCAAUGGUCCGCUACCAUGAGGCUGGCCGCUUCUGUGAAAAGGAUCAGGAGUGGGACCAGGAGUCUGCCAUCUACCAUCUGGAGCAUGCAGCCUUGUGUGGCGAGUUGGAGGCCAUUGUGGCUCUGGGUCUGAUGUACUUCCAGUUGCCCCAUCACAUCCUUACUGAUAUAAACCUUGAGGACUCGGAUGAGAACAGAAAGAAAGGAUUUGAUUACUUACUGCAGGCCGCAGAGGCAGGUGACCGGGCCUGCAUGAUUCUGGUGGCUCGUGCCUUUGACUCUGGAGUUAACUUGGCACCUGGCAGGGAUCAAGACUGGACGGAAGCGGUGCACUGGUACGACAUGGCGCUCAACAUGACCGACUACGACGAAGGUGGUGAAUACGACGGCAUACAGGAUGAACCCCGCUACCUUCUCCUGGCUAGAGAGGCAGAGAUGUACUUGGAAGGGGGCUUCUUGCUGGAUAAAGACCCCGAGCGAGCAGGCAACCUGUUUACAGAGGCUGCUGAUGCAGCAAUGGAAGCCAUGAAGGGGCGGUUAGCAAACCAGUACUACAUGAAGGCUGAGGAAGCCUGGGGUGCAAUGGAGGAGUGAGAACUUGGGAGAAGAGCAAGAAUCAAUAUAAUGUGGACCCCCUACUCCAAAAGCAACUUGUCUAUUUGCAGACCACCACAUCUGUCUGGGAAGGCUCACCUCCGCCAUGACGGUGGCUCUUGAAGGACGUCUUUCUGGUUGACGCCUCAGCAUCAAGCAGGGUCGGUGGUCUCAGCUUAUCUCUCUGCACUUCCAGGUGUCAGAUGGGGAAGCAGCCCUUCAGCUGACUGUUACCAAGUUCUUGAACUCUUUUGUCUCCCUUUUUUUUUUGUCUCAUGUCUUUCUUUAAUGUUUAUUUUCUGCAAAAAAAAAAAAAGUAUAUAUUUUAUGGAAAAUUUUUAUAUAUUUACAAGUACUUUUACAGAAUUGCAGCCUGUAAUAAGAGUUGGGGGGCCUGUUUGGAAGUUCUCUGCUGAUUUUUAAGCCCCUGCGUUUCCCACCUCCACAUACUCCCUCUCUAUCCCAGAAUCCCCCCCCCCCCCCCCCCCCCCCCGACCUCCCAGCUUUUGAGCUGCUUUUGUAUUUGUUGGCUGCUGUGCUCGACUUCUGCAUAUUCUCUUUACGUUCAUACAAGAAAACGGGUUGCUUUUUCCUUGAGCAGCCCCGAAAAUAAUUCUCUUUUGAUAUUGUACAUUAAAAAAAAAAAUACUAAAAUAAGAAAAUGUUUACAAAAAAAAAAAAAAAACAAAAAAAAACUUGAAUGUCUUUUAGAACGCCUUUUCAAUGAAGCAGAUGAUUAGUGGCUUUGGUUUCCAUUAGAAAAGUUGCCAUGUUCCUCGUCUUUAUUGUAUGCUAAAUGGUUUUGAUGUUGCACGCUGUGGUUUAGCUCUCGUCCGCAUGGAUAUGACUUGUGGGGGAUUCUGCCUCAGAUUGUCUAUGCUAAGGAAAGUCUGAAUUUUAAAAAAGUUAUGAAUGAAUAUAAACAGAAGCAUUUAUGGAAUAAAUAUGGCAACAGGAGCCUUGACUUUC